CAAUAGAGCACCAAAUGCUUGCCAGUUACCAUGUGCAUGUAGGAAGUGAAAGGACAAAAAAGGUCACCUAAGGACUCGAAUAAUAUUUGUGGAACGCCUUCGGAUUCUACCUCUACCCCACACCGUCUCGACUGCUAACUUGAACUGAACAUCAUCUUGUUAGACACACCUUCAACUUGAAGAAUUUCCGUUUAACAGAUUUCGUAUAUAUAUCAAUCAUGACGCGCCGUCCGGUGAUCGUUGUUGCUGGUCUAGCGUGUGAAACGUCAACGUUCUCCGCUUCACGAACCCAAGCGCCAGCAUUCCAACCCCGCCGAGGUGACGAAGUCGUCGACAAGUACCCCUUCAUUCAGCCGGGGUCGGUUCUUGGAGAAUCCGCUGACUGGCGCGGCGCGCUCAUCGGCCACGCUCUUCCAGGGGGCAUCGUAACCCGAGAUGCUUUUGAAAUGCUCUCCGCCGAAAUCCUAUCACGCCUCAGAGAGAUUACAGCAUCGGCAACCCUCGAUGGCAUGUGGUUUGACAUCCACGGCGCGAUGUGCGUGGAAGGUCUCGACGACGCAGAAUACGAACUUCUCAAGCGUUGUCGAGAGAUCAUCGGCCCAGACGUUCUGGUGUCUGCAUCUAUGGAUCUCCAUGGUAACGUCUCACGGGAGUUGGCACACCAAACAGAUUUGAUCACAUGCUAUCGAACUGCGCCACAUAUAGAUGUCGCCGAGACGAAGGAGCGCGCUUGUAGAAAUCUCCUUGGCCUCAUCAAUCGCCGUGAGAAUGGCGAGCCCUUCCGCCCCUAUAAGGCGUGGAUACCCUUGCCGGUGCUUCUGCCCGGCGAGCAGACGUCAACACGUGAUGAGCCCGCUGCUCACAUUUAUGCUGCUGUUCCGACGGUUGAGGUUACCGAGGGAGUGAUAGAUGCGGCAAUAUGGGUUGGAUAUGCUUGGGCUGAUGAGCCUAGGAAUAGGGCCGUUGUAGUCGUAACGGGCUGGGAUAAGAGCGCCGUCUCGAAUGGCGCAGAGAAACUGGCUCGGGUAUUCUGGGAUGCUCAUAAAGAGUUCAAGUUCGUUGCACCAACGGGAACAUUCGCGGAGUGCCUUGAUGUAGCGCUACGAUCUGAGAAACGACCAUUCUUCAUUUCCGACUCAGGCGAUAACCCGACAGCGGGUGGUUCCGGGGAUGUCACAUGGGGCCUUGCACGGCUGUUAGAGCGACCUGAGUUUAAGGAGCAGUCUGGACCAGUGGUCAUAUAUGCUAGCGUGCCUGGGCCUAAAGCUGUAGAGCAGGCGAUUGAGGCGGGAGUAGGCGCCAUCAUCACCGUUACCGCUGGAGCAGAGGUAGACAACAUUCAUGCUGGCCCAUUGACGAUGACUGGAAGAGUGCAUUCUAUAAAAUACGGAGAUCGCCAUGCUGAUAUUGAAGUGGUUUUACAAGUGGGAAGUGUCUACGCCAUCCUCACCAAGCUGCGGAAACCUUACCAUCUGGAACGAGAUUUCACCGAGCUCAACCUUGCGCCUCGAUCAGCCGACAUCGUCAUCGUCAAGAUAGGAUACUUAGAACCGGAGCUCUACGACAUGGCAGCAGAUUGGAUGCUAGGCCUCACCCCUGGUGGCGUUGACCAGGACCUGAUGCGGCUUGGUCAUAAGCGUAUCUUGAGACCAAUGUGGCCUUUCGAUCGAGACUUCGAGAAGCCGGAUCUGACGGCUAGGAUCGUGGAGAUGUCUAAUGAAGAGCUUGCUAGUUCUUAGUUCUUGGUAGAGCCCAGAUACCAAAGUGGACGACGCCUCGAUAAUAGAAAGGCUUCAAUGACUGACACACAAACUGUGCCACCUCAAUGCCGUCAUUGACACCGGGAGGUCUCAUAACCUUGUCGCUGACAUCCUUCCUAUUUUAGUUUACCAUUGAGAUUGACCCCUAGCUAAUCUCGGCAGUCAGACACCACCU